AGCAUGGCGGCGGGGGCGGUCGAGGCGGCGUCCGUGGUGGAGAUCGGUUCCGCCGGUCAGUUUGAGGAGCUGCUGCGUCUCAAAGCCAAUUGCAGGUCUCUCCUGGUGGUGCACUUCUGGGCACCAUGGGCCCCACAGUGUGCCCAGAUGAACGCGGUGAUGGUGGAGCUGGCCCGAGAGCAGCCCCAGGUCUGCUUCGCGAAGCUGGAAGCCGAGGCUGUUCCGCAGGUGUCUGAGAAGUAUGAAAUUAGCUCCGUUCCCACCUUCCUGUUUUUCAAGAAUUCGCAGAAGAUUGACCGGUUAGAUGGCGCGCAUGCCCCAGAGCUGACCCAGAAAGUCCAGCGACACGCGUCCUCCAGCGCCCUCCCACCCAGCGCCAAGGGUCCCCCGGUAGAGGACCUGCACCGGCGCCUCCAGAAGUUAAUCACUGCUGCCCCCUGUAUGCUCUUCAUGAAGGGGACCCCCCAGGAGCCGCGCUGUGGUUUCAGCAAACAGAUGGUGGAGAUUCUCAACAAGCACAACAUUCAGUUCAGCAGCUUUGACAUCUUCUCGGACGAGGAGGUCCGUCAGGGGCUGAAGACCUACUCCAACUGGCCCACCUACCCUCAGCUGUACGUGUCCGGAGAGCUCAUAGGGGGGCUGGACAUCAUCAAGGAUCUGGAAGCAUCGAAAGAGCUAGACACGAUUUGCCCCAAAGCACCCAAGCUGGAGGAGAGGCUGAAGACGCUGACACACAAGGCUACAGUGAUGCUUUUCAUGAAGGGGAGCAAGCAGGAAGCCAAGUGUGGAUUCAGCAAGCAAAUCCUGGAGAUUCUCAACAGUACAGGGGUGGAGUACGAGACAUUUGACAUCCUGGAGGAUGAGGAGGUGCGGCAGGGGCUGAAGGCCUACUCCAGCUGGCCCACGUACCCGCAGCUCUAUGUGAAGGGGGAGCUCGUAGGGGGUCUGGACAUCGUGAAGGAACUGAAGGAAAACGGUGAACUGCUGCCCAUCCUGAGAAUUGCCCACGGUGUUGGUCCAGGUGCUGUGGGCUCCGUGACGCUGUGUGGAGGUGCUGGGGUCGAAGAGGAAGCCCUUCAGCGCCAGGCUGCCCUGCUCUGCCCGGCGGUGUCCCCCGGGGCGGUCAGGGAGCCCCUGGGGCGUGGCGGAGGCCCCAACUCUGGGCGGGGCUGCUCCCUGAAGCCUGCCUGCAUACCAGUUCCGGACGGCGCCGGCCUUGGUCCCCUGAUAGGAGAAGCUGCCGCCCAAGGCCGCCUGGCAGGUCCUGCAGGGUCCGAGCCGGCAGCCCUGCGCCGGCCUGGGAUCCGCCACUUAGGCGCGGAGCCCGGGGGCGCUGACGGCGCGCGUCCACCAGAGGGCACUGCGCACCGCGCUCCGGCCGCGCCGCGCCGCCUGCAGGGACUGCCGCCUACCUCAUACCCUCUGCAAAGACAGAGCCGUCUGAACCUCCCGGGGGAGAGCAAAGCCUCCUGGGAGGAGGGCUCUCCCUUCUUUGUCUUCUCAGCCAACGAGGCCCAGGCUGUCCACUGA